UCAUGAGUUGACUAUCACUCACAGGAAAUUUAGCUCUGCCUUUCUUCUUGGAGCCUCUUACAGAAUACAGACCAGAAAAGCCAACUUGUCCCCAGCAAUUGGUGGAUCAAUUACCUUCACCAGAAUCUCUUCAGGGUAGAGACAGAAAUCACUCAAGGACAUAUUUUAACAGAGAACAUACUCUAUAUACUCCCAAGAUGAGUGAGCAGGAGGUCACUUAUUCAACUGUGAGAUUUCACAAGUCUUCAGGGUUGCAGAACCAAGUGAUGCCUGAGGAGACUCAAGGACCUGGAGAAGCUGGCCACAGAGAGUGCUCUGUCCCCUGGCAGCUCAUUGGGAUAGCUCUCGGAAUCCUCUGUUCCCUUCUGCUUGUAACUGUUGCAGUGUUGGUGACACACAUUUUUCAGCAUAGUCAAGAAAACCAUGAACUACAGGAAACUCUAAACCGCCCCCAUAACUGCAGCAACAUGCAAAGUGACAUCGACUUAAAGGAAGAAAUGCGGAGAAAUAAGUCUAUAGAGUGUGGUCCAGGCAAUGAUCUUCUGGAAUCCCUCCACAGAGAACAGAACAGAUGGUACAGAGAAACCAAGGCUGUUUUACAUUCCUUGCAGCAAACAGGCAGUGGAAUACACUGGUUCUGCUAUGGUAUAAAAUGUUAUUAUUUCGUCAUGGGCAAUAAAACAUGGGACAGAUGUAAACAGACCUGCCAGGACUCCAGCUUAUCCCUUCUGAAGAUAGAUGAUGAGGAUGAACUGGUACUGCAGUCACUGACUUCUCUAAGGAGAAUUUUUGAAAUCAUGACUUAUUUCUGUGAAUAUACAAAAUUCACCACUUGCACAUUGUUGUUCUUGUUUUUCAGUGACUUGAACAAAAGGAAAUUCAAUGAAAAGCACGGAAAGUGUUUCUUCUUAUCUAAAACAAGACUAAGCAAUAUUGACUGUGGUAAUUCAUACAGCUGUAUUUGUGGGAAGAGACUGGAUUCCCUCAGUGACUUGCCAAUAUGUGUUAAGGUAAAACCUGAAAUGUUCUGA